AGGUAUGAUAUCACUAAAGCGGCUCUUUUUCCUAAGAGCUAGCUAACUCGGUCAAUUAUUUAGGAAUAAAAUUGUUGUCCAAAACUAUUACAGCGAUGUUUUGAUGUAGCUACGCAUCCCGAAAGUGGGAUUUUGUGGAACCUAGAGUCGAAGGAGUCUCUUAUUGAAGAGGAAGUUUGACAAAACAACGAGAGAACACAUGUCGUCUGCUGCAGAGACUGUGGAAAAUGCCUCUAUCAUUUCAGAGAGCACGGCGCAUGACGGAAAUCGUUUGUGGAUAGGCAACAUCGACCCCAAAAUCACAGAGUUCCACCUGGUGAAGUUGUUGGAAAAGUUUGGCAAAGUUAAACAGUUUGACUUCCUGUUUCAUAAGUCUGGACCUUUGGAGGGGCAGCCACGGGGAUACUGCUUUGUCAACUUCAGCACCAGAGAGGAGGCAGAGAGGGCCAUCCAGUGUUUGAACGGGAAGCUGGCUUUGUCCAAGAAGCUUGUGGUGCGCUGGGCUCACGCUCAGGUGAGGAAGUUUGAAGGUUUCCGUAAUGACAAGGCGAUGCCUUCGAGCCUGGAGCCAUCUUGUAGUGCAUCCGCAGAGGCAGGAUCUUUACCGACCAGCCACCUCAGCACGAGCGCGAAGAUACGAGCCAUUGAGGCCAAGCUCCAGAUGAUGGAGGAGAAUCCAGAUGAUAGCUACUCGGGCCCGUCAGCCUAUGUUUAUAACAAACCGCCUGAGAGGAAGCGCUGGGAGCCGUACUCCAAGUCGCACCACAGUAACCAGAGCAGGCCCUUCCGCAAGUUUAGGAGAUGACCCAUCCUUCCUCCGUAAUCUGGAGCCCUCCCUGCCCCCAUUCACUGCUCCCCGGCCCUCCAUCUGCACACAGACAAGUCUCCAACUCGAGACUACGCACACCCUGAAUAAGAUGCUCAAGUUUGAGGUGAACAACAGCAGGACUGUAACCGUAACAAGGUGAAGACCUGGAAGUGGUUUGGAAGCCACACGGUCAGAUUUUCAGUGACUUUGACUGAAGUUACAUUUAUUUUUCUCUGUCUAAUGUGCAGAUUUCAUGACACAAUAACACAAUUUACAGUAUGUG